AUGUGGUCAACAUUUUUCCUUUUCUAUGGAACAAUAUAUGAACACUCUGUAAACAAUUCGGUGCCUGCUGUUCCGUUCAGAACUCCGUCCGAUUGUCGAAGCAGAAGCACGAAACUGUAACGACAGCACAAAAACCUUAUCCUAACCCUAAUUCUAGCAUUUCGUCCGCUCUGAAUUUCUCUCAACAUACAUGGCAUCCCCAUCGCCUGCCCUAAGCAACACAAGCAAUGACACCACCACCACCGCCACCACCACUAACGCCGCGACUGCUGCCCUCGCCAACAUUGCCGCCGCCGCCGCUGCCGCCGCCACUCCUUCCUCAAUCACCUCGCAGCCGAAGAACCUGCGCGGCCUCAACAAACCCAAGUGUAUUCAGUGCGGCAACGUCGCUCGAUCCAGGUGUCCAUACCAGUCAUGCAAGAGUUGUUGUGCAAAAGCUCAAAAUCCAUGUCACAUACACGUUUUGAAAGCAAAUGCAACUUUUCCGGACAGGACGCCAUCUUCAAGCUCCCCUUUGUUUGACCAGCAGUCAACUGAAGUAUCUCCCUCAGGGACUUCACUUAGAGUUGCAUCACUUAGGCAACUUUCAAAUAAUUUUGCCCAAUUUAAUAAUGUGCAAAUGCCACUUCGGUCGAGGAAGCCACUCACUAGAAAGGAUGCUGCGACUAUAAAUGAAUGGAGGUUUUCCAAAUUGAAGGAGUAUAAGAAUAGAAACAUUGAAGUGGAAAAUGAAGCUUUUGAUCGAUACAUGCAGAACAUUAGUUUACUGGAGGAGGUAUUUUCUGUAAAAUCUACACCAGAUGGCACCACUGACCAUGGAAUUUCUGUAUCAGAUGCUGCUAGCCCUAAUCUAGAAGACAAUUCAAGUGUCAUGGUUUCAUGGCUCAAGUUGAGACUAAAAUCAAAUCCAACUAGAAGUGACAACUCUAGAAAGAGGAUACUAGAAAUUGUCGAUCGGGGACUAAAGAAGCUUAAUUAUGUCAAUGACCUAAAUGAUCAAAAUGAACUUCCCGCAGGGUCAAAGAGGCCAAAAACUGGGCGGGCUGACAGGCUUUCAGCUUUAAGCGAGCUUAUUGAUAAGUUGAACAAAGCCCGAAAUGAGGAGGAUCUAAAUUCUUGCAUGGAAAUGAAAUCUCAGAUAUUUAAUACUAAUACAGAGACCAGCCAAGCAGAGAUUGAAGAAGUUGACACAUAUACUGAGCAGACAGCUAAAGAUGAUUUGGCACCAAUGCAUGAAUCAAAUUAUACUCUGCCAAAAUUCUUAGGAACCACUGAAAUUGAUCAAGAAUCCCUGAACAACAUCGAUGUGCAUUUCUCAUCCACUGUGCAGAUUGAAGAUUUAUGAUUUUAGUGCUUGUAUCUUGCAAGCUGUAGUUAGGUCAAGUUUUGAUUAGUUUAUAGGGAAGAUGAAAAUUAUCUGACCUGUAGUGUUAUGCAGUGAUAUAGUGGGCUUAUAUUUCUGUGUUGUAUCAUUCCCCAGCUACCUAUAAAAAGAAUAGAGAAACAGAAAAUUCAUACUGGCAAUUACUAAUUUUUUUUUUGUGGAUUUGACGUUGUCGAUAUUUUAUUGCAUUAAUAGACAAGGAGGGGUAGUUCCCUGUUUGGCUUCAA